AUGUCGCCAAUGGUAACAUGUGAAAUAUGUAAACAGAAAAUUGAAUCGAAAAAAGCAUUACUUUGUUCACGAUGCAAAAAAUAUUUUGAAUUUGACUGCACCGGUUACUCUGAAAAACUAUACUUGUUAAAAGACAUAGACUCGAGAAAAAAAUGGAUGUGCAAAAUAUGCAAAGAAAACUCAAAGCCAAGUCACACAGAGCCUUCUUUCGUUACAACGAGGAAAAAACCAUUUACGCCAGAAAUUGCCAAGAAAAACUCACCCGUCGUUACGCAAACGCCAAUACAGUCGACACCAAAAAACACAUCAUGCCAUUCUGAAGACUCACAUGUACUUACCCUACAUAAUAUAUCUUUGGAUAACUCACCUUCAAUGUCAGACCAACUACUCUCAAGAAGUAUGUAUUGCACAGUUACAGACGCAAUCGAUGUUCAAGAAUUAAAAGAAACUAUUAACGGAUUACAAUUAGAAUUAGCUAGUACACAGAAGGAAUUGGAAAACUAUAUAUUAGAAAAUAACGCCCUUCGAGAUCAAAACUCUAAACUUCUAAAAGAAAAUAACGUCUUAAAAACGCUGUGCCAAUCUCCAAUACAAGAUAAUAGUAUAAUAAAAAGCACCAAGAAAAAAUCUAAGCCGUAUACGCAAUUAACUAAAGUCAGUUUACUCUCACCAUCCAGUUCACCUACACAGAGACAGUCUCUUAUAACCGAUGAUCAGUUGAACCUGCAACGGCAAAUCACAUAG